AUCCACUGCCAGUGAAGUACUGUAUGACAGCCGCACACUACUACAGCCUUCAAAGCAAAGUCAUUUAGUCCACUGCUACUGUCAUCGGCUUAAAACAUGUCUGAGAAAGAGAUCGGCCAAAAAUGGGACCGCUGCCUCGCAGACUGCGCUGUUAAACUCGGCACUGGUCUGGGAAUAGGAAUCGUGUUUUCGGUUGUGUUCUUUAAGCGCCGGACUUUUCCUAUUAUAUUCGGCACAGGACUUGGUCUUGGCAUGGCAUAUUCCAACUGUCAGAAUGACUUCAGAUCUCAUUAUAUGCUGCACAGUAGCAUUGCUAAGGAGCAGUAGCAAUGCAUUAAAAUAUGGAUUCUCUCAUCAGCUUUGCUUUAAUUAUCAGACCGGCUGCUUUCUACAUUAUAUCCAUGUUCUUGUACUGUUAUUUAAUAAAACGAUAAAGGAUAUUAAGUUAAACAUUUGCUAAUGAUUAUUUGAAUGAUUUAUCAUACAGUUAUUUUCAAGCAAUGGCUCCCGUUUUUAUUGUGCAAACCACAGACCUGUGUUCAUUAUACGCUCAAUGACAGCAGCCCACGCUGUCAUCUGGCUUUUGAUCCAAGCAUUGAUGAUUUUCAGAAACCAUGCCAAACUACUAGUGCACUUGUUUAUUUGUUUGUUUGUUUAUUUUCAAACCAAAAAGUCUGCACAAAUCUGCAAUGUUGGCAUGGUGACCAUUUUCCCCUACUGAAGUAAAAGCAUGUUUGAUUUAAUUUGACUCUUGAUGUUUUUGACCAUAAUUGCACUUGUUUUGUACUGUUGCUUACAAAGGUAAAAUUUAUCGAAACCAUGCAUUCGUGACUUGAUACGGGAAUAAAAAUGCUCUUUUAGAAAAGGUUACAGACAUGGUGGCUUUAAUGCAGAUAAGCUGCAUAUAUAAAUGUAUCGUCAUAUGCUUCUAUAUAAAGAUUUACACAAUUUCAUAACUCUUUGGAGUACAUGAUAUCUGCUUUUCUUUUGUCUUGGAAUAAAGCAAAACCUUUCAAUCUCAA